AUGGCAAGAAUGACCGCAGGGGAAUCACAGAAACAACUCAUCUCCCGAUUCAUCAGAGGGUUGCGAUCACAAUUACAAAUUGCUCUAGCACAGUUUAAUCCGACUACUGUGUCAGAAGCGCACCAACGGGCCGUAUCUAUGGAACUUCAGCUUCACCCUUCAUGGUCAUCUACAUCACGACAACGUUCAACAAACGACAAUCAAGGUCAACUUACAACGGACAGCACAAAUCCUAAAUCCGAUUCUCCUAAGGAAAAUAUUAACGGAGACACAAUCGCCAACGCCAGACCAGCACGCACCAAUGCUCUUAGGUGCUUUACGUGUGGCGAACGUGGUCAUAUACAGACGGCAUGUCCGAAUAAUACAAAACGUGGUCUCAUUAUUCAAGAUGCAGACGACGAGGAACCUCGAUAUUAUGAAGAUGAUGGAAAUGACAACACAGUGGAUACAAUCCAAAGAGACACGGGCCUCAGUUUGGUUUUACGUCGCAAUUGUCUUUUGCCAAAAGCUACACACGAAUCUUGGCUUCGCACCAAUCUUUUUUGCUCAACUUGCACUAUCAAUGGUCGUGUGUGUAAACUAAUCAUCGAUUCGGGAAGUUGCACCAACGUAAUGUCUAGUGAAGCUGCAAACAAAUUGGGUCUUGAAGUCACUCUGCACCCUGCUCCUUACACACUUGCAUGGCUCAAUACCGGCACCGAAAUUAAAGUUUCAAAGCAAGUCCACGUCUCUUUCUCCAUCGGACACUAUAAAGAUUCAACUACAUGUGAUGUUAUUCCAAUGGAUGUGUGUCACUUGUUACUCAGACGACCAUGGCAAUUUGAUCGGGAUGAUGUGCACAGAGGAAAGGCCAACACUUAUAGUUUCGUGUUUGAGGAUCGGACUAUAACUUUGAUCCCAUCCAAAGAACAACCAGAACCAAGUUCUCGCAAAGAACUUGUGGUACAAGCAGACAAAACGUCAUCAGUAAAAACCUUGUUAACACUGCCUAAAGCAGAGUUUGAGAACCAAGUUCAUGAGGUCGAUGUAGUCUGGGCAUUAGUGGCCACUCCGUCACCUUCUCCAUGCAUGCCUACACUACCUGUUCCAUUUAUACCGCUGCUUCAGCAGUAUAGCGACGUCUUUCCCGAAGAACUUCCAAGUGAUUAA